AUGCCUUUCGUGUGGUCCAUUGGUGGCAUCAUCGGACCAUCUAUCGGCGGUUACUUCGCGGAGCCAGUGCAAUCCUUCCCUGGCCUGUUCAGUGCAACUGGCAUCUUUGCCAAGUUUCCAUACUUGCUUCCGAACCUCAUAUGUUCGUCCCUGUUAUUCCUCUCGAUGAUCAUGGCCUACUUCCUGCUCGACGAGACUCAUCCAGACCGACAGCUUCGAGGCCGUUUUGAGCAGUACGAUUCAGCUGUUGCGCAAACUCCACUCCUUCCAACCCAGGGCGCUACAGCUGACGCUCCAGCUAAUUUAACAAGCGAGUCCUACGGUACCUUCAACAACGUCGAAGUGCAACGCGAUGAGGUGUGGCGCGUUCGAUCGAGUGGAGAAUGGGUGGAAGCGCCUGCUGACCGUAAGGUGUUUAGCUGGACCGUCAUUCAGUUUGUUGUUGCUCUAGGCAUAUUCACGUAUCACUCGAUGACGUACGAUCACUUGCUCCCGAUCUUCCUCCAGGAUAAACGUGCGGACAACAUCAAUGCGUUCCAAUUGUCUUCUUCUUCCAUGGGCGGAGGCCUGGGCAUACCGGUCCAGAAAGUUGGCGUUAUAAUGUCGUUGAAUGGAGUCAUCCAGCUACUCAUCCAGGCGUUUGUCUUCCCACUUCUGGCGGAGUUCUUUGGGGUCUGGAGGCUUCUUCUUCUGGUCACGUUGACGCAUCCGGUCGCGUAUCUAGUUGUGCCGUUUCUGCAGCUACUCCCACAGAGUCUGCUAUACCCCGGUAUCUUCGCUUGCCUCACAAUCCGUAGUCUGACCGCAAUUCUCGCAUUCCCGCUCCUGCUCAUCAUGAUUAAGGAGGCGGCGCCGGAUAAGUCUCACCUCGGCAAGAUCAACGGACUAGCUGCGUCGACAGGAGCUGCAUGCCGCACAGUCGCAAGCCCCAUUGCUGGACUGCUAUAUGGACUCUCUAUCGAUAUACACUUUACAGCUCUUGCGUGGUGGGCGUCGGCAGCUGUUGCUAUCAUCGGCGCCAUGCAGGUUCCUUUCCUCAACCGUGCGGCGAACCAUUGUCAUGCCAGAGUUCGAACUGCUACUCGCUGCUGUUUCCAGGACGAUACUGCUCCACGGAACGAAGUCGUACGCAUCACUAUCGAGGACGAUGCGUAG